AUGGCAUGCCUCACGGCUGCGACUGGCCGGCGCCUCGGCGCGUCAGCUCGGCUCGGCGUAGCGAUCGUGGCCAGCGCAACUCGCUUGGACUCAACGCUCAGCCAGGAGCUCCCGCACGCGCUGGCGCGAAGCCUCUACAACAAACUCUACAGCAAAAUCGCGCUCUACAUCGCUCUACAACGCAGGCGCCUCGUCCCGCGGCGGAUGACGAGGCUCGAGAGGCGCGCAGAUGACAGGCCGUCGCCAGCUGGGGUGGGUAAGAGCGACUGGCGCGGUUCAAGCCUCGAGCACAACAUAUAG